ACAAGACACAUCAAAAUGGCGAAGCCUAGAGACAGUCCAGCUAUGUUUUCCGGGCAAGCCUGGACAGCCUGGGUUGAGAGAAUAGAAUCCCCAGGCGAUUUUGAUGCAUCAAACCCGAGGGAUAAAAAAGACACAACACAAGCAGAUGCAAUGAAGCUAAGGACAGUUGAUAUGUCACUGUUUGGAUUCUGCCCAGUACAGGAUGAAUUCUACCUGGUUGUGUGUGAAUUCUGUGGGCAAGUGAUAAAACCUCAGGCUUUCAAAACGCACAUCGAAUUGCGGCAUGGUGGCUGUGCGUUCUCCUCACUCCACAUAUCAGCAUCCAGCGUGGACCCCGCGCACGCGGACCGCGCCAACCCAACGCCCAGCCUCCACCCGCAGAACAGCGGCGCCAUCUCUACCUCCCCACCAAAGAGCAAGCCGCGGUGCAGCCCGACACAGAGCAAGAUGGCGACGCUACAGAACUCGAGCAGCCGGCUAAAAACUAACAGCAAAGCCGGCAGUGCCAUGCCUGUGGUCAAGGUGGAGCGAAUGCCGGAACUGUCGGCACUGACGGCGACGGCGACGACGCCCGGCGGCGCCCCCUUGUCCGACGCCGCGCCGCACUCCCCCGUCCCCUCCCCCUCGCCCGCAGAGCCUCCGCUACCGAAGCCGCCGCCUCCUCCCUCGCCGCCCGGCACCCCGCCGCUCAUGUCCGUCGAGGUGGUGGCGCCACCGUUGUCGGCGGAGAUGACGUUUGUGUCGGCGUGUCUCGCGGAGGAGCAGGGGGCGCCACGCUACUCUAUGGGGCCACCGCCAGAUCCGCUACCGAUAUCAAUGCCCGUAGCAAAGCCGCCGGGGGAGCGGAGGAAGAGCAAGAAGAGAGCAUCCGGAGAGAGGAAGAUUGUGCCGCUGAAAGAUAGGGAAUUCGACCCGGAGAAGCACUGCGGUGUGUGCACGGCGGAGACGGGGCAGAGGUGCACACGAUCGUUAACCUGCAAGACGCAUGCGGUGUCCAUGCGGCGGGCUGUCCCGGGCAGGUCGAAGGAUUUUGACAAGUUGCUGGAUGAACAUCGGGCAGCUAGGGAUGCCUCACUCGGCAUCGUUAGGAAGAAACACUGCGCGGAGGACCGACUGCCGUCUCCCACGACGCAGGACGUGGCGCCCCCUCACGGCACCGUGACGUCGGCCGCCAAACCCGAUUCAUUCCCCUUCCCCGUCGUCGACCAAAGCAAUACCGGCUUCCCCAAGUCGAAACCGCGACUCACGCAGCCGCUGCACGUCGUGAAGGAGCGGCCACCAGGGGGCGUCGGCGCGACGCUCAACGCCACGAACUCUAGCGUCGACGUGAAGGCAAAGCCGCCAGAUGGCGCCAGCGUCGCGUUCAAUCUUCCCGGCACGAUAACGAUUCCACUGUCGGCGAUGUCCGGUGCAUUGACUAGCGUUCAGAGCAGCGGCAGCGGCGGCAUGACGACGGCGACGAUAAACCUCACGCCGUCGUCGCUAGGGGGCGCCGCGAUGAGUCUCGGCGCGUCGCGCCUGCCAGGUGGCACUGUCAACCUCACAAUGACUCUCGUCAGCAAUAAGAACAGCGAACUCGCAGCCCUGCAGGGCAAGGCGCUGUCGGCGGCGGCGGCGGCGGCGGCUCGGCCGGGCGACGCCGCGACCGCCGGCGCCCUCUUGCUGGCUGAGAAUGGGCAGCCUCUCAGCGGCGGGGGCGGCGUGAGAACUUGUGCCAACGUGAAGAAGAUUGCUAAGCCGCCGCUGCAGCAGCAGCAGGGCAAGCCUCGCAGUCCGGGGGCGGCGCACGCACGCGCGCUCGCAAUGCCCGCCCUCGCCGCCACGGGCCUCAUAUUCGACACGGCGAUGAACGCUGCAGCAGGAGGACACGCACCGACGGGCACCGUGCAUCACGUCACGUCGGUGCCGAUGGUUGCUCGCACUCCUCAGUCGCAGCAGAACAUGGCCGUCAACACCAACCUCCCCAACGGCUUCGCGCCACCCACGCUCGCCGGCGGAAACAUCAUCCUCAAGGGGGCGCUGGCGAACAGCUUCACGAGAUCGACGAGUAGUCCCUCGCCCACGGUCAACCUCGACCAUCUUAAUUCAGGUCUCAAUGCUCAAAACAUUCAGACAGUCACCUUUUCGAAACCUCCAACAUGCAAUCCUCAGCCACAAUUCAUCAAUCUCAGCACGCUGGCGACACCUGCAGGCCUUCAACACAACUAGAACGAGAGGUGCUAUCCAGAAUUUCUCCUGGUGCUCCCACACGCAAGCGCCGUCAGGCCAGGCCUCGGUCACGGUGCUUAGCGUUACCCAUGCAGAAUGUUAGCUGCCACCUGGUGGUGGUUCACAACUCUCAGGCACCGAUCAACUGUAGUCACGCGUGGUCAGGUCAACCGCCGUACUGCCACCUGGUGGUGCAGGCCUUCGCAAACUCUCAGACGCCGAUUGACUGCGGGAACGAGGCUUGGGUCGUCGCACGGCCAUCAUCGCCCGAUCACUUCGACCGCUCGCGCCGGGCGUGCAACGCCGGACAGUUGGACGGAUGCCUAAUGCACACACUGCCGUCAACGCUGGCCUACGGGCUCACGACGUUACAUCACAAAACCGCUCGCUUCUUUCGCCAGGUGGUGAUGUGUCCGUGUGGAGCGAAAGACCAAAGCAUCUAUCGCGGGCUGAUUGUCUGUGAGACACGAGCGCGUGCUCGCGUGCCGGCCGCCGGUUGACUGAGAAGGUGGCGCCAGCUGGCGACAGAAGGGAGAAUUCUCGUGACGACUCGUGUGACGAGAUGCGAUUCAUUGGGCGGAGAUGCUCAGGUGUUUGCUAACGAGGCGUCGCUCGUUACCCUGCCACCCACAGAUGGUGUCGCCUGCACCGGUUGCCGUGGCAACGGUGAUGCACAAAAAUGGAUGCAGCUGACAAGUUAUUUAAGUGCCUGACUCGCCUGUUUGAUUACUAAGCAUCUAGAUUUUCCCAUUCUAAGCUGGCACGCAGUUGCAAAAUUGCAAUGCGGACGGCUGACAUUUUUUGCAUAAUAUCUUUAAUCAUUGUACUAGAAUUGUCGUCUAGCUCAAAGCGGAUAGAGAUCCCCCUGUUAUCUGUUACCGUGAUGCGAGGGACGGAGAGGCAACAGCGCCUUUGUAUUAUGUGUACAGUCCCCUGGGUGUUCAUCCAAAAUCCAGGAUGUGUUGCAUUUUCUCUGCAUGGUUGCGUACGGUAGUAGUGUAGGCAUUUUGCAACCAUGUUGAAGACUUACCAAUAUCAUGAUCGAAGUAAUACAUAUAUGCAGAAAGGUUGCAUAUGACAUGCCCAAAUUUGGUGAUAUUAUAGUGUAUAUUAUUAGCAAUGAUAAUUAUUUAUUUGUUGACAUUGUCAAAGGGUUGUGUAAACAUGAGAUAAAGAAAACUGCAUUAAUGGAACCUGAGGGUCAGCAAGGUCACCUGAAGGUCAAGCCGCAUGACUUGCCGAUUUAUUUAUAUUUUUGCAGUGAUUGCUUUAACAUAUUAAUGUUUUUGUUAUGACAUUUUUGUAUGAAAACUUUGAAACAAUGUGCAUGUACCAAAUA